AUAUUUCCUAUGAACAUCACAAUAGAUGUUUCUGGAAAUCCAUUCACCUGCACGUGUGAGUUGAGCUGGUUUGUGAAGUGGCUCCGUUCAAGCAAUAUUGAACUCAGUUAUCCCAAUGACACGCUGUGCUCACGUUCUUCCUUCAAGGACAUGGUGAAAUCACCAAUCCUGUCAUUCGAUCCUGAUCAAUACUGUGGAAUCAAUAUCCUCCUAAUAACAAGUGUGUCUUUGACAGCUCUUCUGGUUGCAGCUCUUGCUUUGUUUGCAUACUGGAAAAGAUGGUGGUUCAACUACAAGGUGUUCCUUCUUAGACUAGCCAUCUGUGGCUACAAGGAAAUGGUCCAGGACUUUGAGGACCAGGACUAUGAGUUUCAGCUCAACCUGAUGUACCAAGAGGAGGACCAGGAAUGGGUGGAAGAUGUCAUGAGGCCAGUUCUACGGGAAAGGUUUCCUAAUAUUGAUAGAGUGGUCUAUGGUGACGAUGACCUCCACCUCGGGAUGUUCUACAUCAAUGCUCUCCAUUAUGCUGUUGAGAACAGUUUCAAGACUGUCCUCCUGCUAAGCAACAAUUCUGUGCGUGAAGCUUGGUUUAUUACCAAGGUACGUAUAGCCCUUGAGGAACUAAAUGACAGCAGAUUGGACAAGAUCAUACUGUUUUUCCUUGAGGAUAUAAAUGAUGAUGAUCUGCCGUACCUGGUCCGACUAUUCCUUAGUAGGGACAAACCUUAUAUGUUGUGGACAGAUGAUGAAGAUGGUCAGGAACUAUUCUGGGCUCAGUUUGAGAAGAGUAUGAGAGCAAAUAGGGAACUCAAUAGCGUUAUCCCUAUAUGAACUAGAAAAUAUAUUUAUGUAAACAGAGCCCAAAUAUUUGAAAGUCAAGUCACAAUUUUUGUUUCCACUUUGGAUUUCAUUCGCAGGUUCUUAGAAAGGAUGUUAUCUUUUAAUAAAAUGAUUGUCGAAUAUGAAUUACAUCUACACAAAAGUUGCAUAAUGCACAGCACUUC